AAGAGGUCAAUGGAGUUCCUCUGCGGCCGCCGCGCCGCCUCUCCGCCGGGGAACGGGUCAGCGCCGUCGGACGCGCGGCCUUCAGGGAAAAAGGCCGUGACUUCGGCAGCGCCGGAUAAGCGGCGUAGUCGAAGGGCGGCGCUACCACUGUGGAGGCCGUCUCUUCCGUCCAUCUCGGAGGACGGCGCCUCCGCAGGGUCGCCGACGCCGGCGGCAGUGAAGAGUGGCGGAGCGGGAAGAAAGAUGGUCAAGAAGAAGCCGAAUUCAUCGAAGCCGCCGGCGGUUAAGGACGUCUACAAGUACGUCAACAUGCACGAACUGCAUUUUGGAUCGCUGCCCACGUUUGCUCCAACAGCCUUUCUAUUCUGAUGAUCGAUUCAUGGUAUUAAUCGAUGGCUUCACUGAGGGAUCGGUGAGUUGCUUCCUCAGGAUAUGCAUGCAUGUUGAUGUAUUUAUUGUGUGGUUUUAGAUGUUGUUUUAAAUAUCAUAAUUAACUAUUGUAA